CAUUCAGGCGUAUGAGAGUUUUUCUCAAUGUUUACGCGGCUGCAGCUGUGUAGAGGACCGGCAUGGAAGGUAAGAUCUGCUUUUAUAUAUAGUCUAAUCUUCGCCAAGGCUGAGGUGUUUAACCCAUGUUACUGUGUCAGUGGGUGACAGAAGAUACUCCAAGGACGGAGUUAAUGUUUAUAUGAGCAGAAGAGUACAUUUUUUCCCAAAUAAAGCCGAGAAUGUUAAGUUUGGGGGUAGAUAUGUGUCCUAAUCAGCCACUAUAGGUGUUAAAAGAAAUGUUUUGAAGUAUCAGGCUGAAGUGCUCAUUUAAACUCUUCCCUGUAAUCAGGUCACUCAUAUGUAUGGAGGAGAGCGCGUUUGGGGCCAUACCAGAGAACUUCCCAGAUGAUAUGACCAAAAUACGAAUAGAAAAAUCUCACUUCACUGAAAUACCCCGUGGGGCUUUCUCAAAAACGCCCGCUUUGGAGAACCUGUGGUUGAACUUUAACGAUAUCACAGUGAUAAACUCGAAGGGUCUGGAGGGUUUGGGGAACUUGACCGAGCUCCGUCUGCAGGGGAACAAACUCCGUUCAGUACCAUGGACAGCGUUCGAGGACACACCGGCCCUCAAGAUCCUGGACCUGAAGCACAACCAGCUGGACGUCCUGCCGGAGCAUGCGUUAAAAUAUUUGCCAGGUCUGACUUACUUAGACUUAUCCUUCAAUCGGCUUACGGUCAUAUCGAAGGAAGUCUUCCAAAACUGGCCUCUCUACCAAAAACUACAGAGCACGGAGGAGCGGGAGGCGACCGCUACCGGGCCGAACGUCGUCCUGGCGCUCCACGACAAUGCCUGGCUCUGCGACUGCCGCCUGAAGGGCUUCGUGGAGUUCAUCAGGUCCCUGAGUCCCCCAUUUAUACUGAUGAACUCCUACUUGACCUGCUCAGGGCCGGACUUUAGGGCGGGCAGGUUCUUCCACGAGGUAGACAUACAGGCCUGCAUGAAGCCCGUCGUCUCCACCCCGUCCACCAACAUCAGCCUGCCGCAUGGCGCGAACCUCACCCUGCGCUGCCUCGCCAAGGCCAGGCCAGACCCGGCGGUGUGGUGGACAUAUGGUUUGAAGAUAAUCAGAGGAUUUCAUGAGUCUCAGGAACGAGUAGAUGAAGACACCAUCAGAUCCCUCCUGGUGAUCCCCUCCAUUCACGCGGCUGACCGCGGUGUCUACACCUGCACCGCUGUCAACUUCAUUGGAAACUCCUCCGUCAACAUCCUCCUGGAAGUCCGCUCUCCUGAUGGCCCCCAGUCCCCACUCCUCCCAGCUGCACCCGCUGGUGGAGACGAAAAUGUCUACAUUGACAUCCGCAUCGCCAAACAGACAGUUCGUGGCAUCUCCAUCGAGUGGUAUGCUGCCUUGGACCACCCCACCGAAACCUGGUUCACCAUCCACUUUGGACGUGCAGACGCUAAUAAGAAGGAGAUGAUCUACAUUGGCCCUGGGAUUCACUCGUACUCCGUCUCUGAUCUGAUGCCUGCCACCAAAUAUGAAAUCUGUGUAACCCUUAAGAACCAGGCACCACGUCCUGGCCAGUGCAUUAUGUUCGUAACAGGAAGUGACAUUACUGAGAUGGAACAAAGGGAGAAGCUGAUUCAUAUAGUGGUGAUAGUUUUAGCCAUGGUGCUGGCUGUGCCUAUUGGCAUGUAUGCCUGCACCACUGACACUAAGUUUGCCUGUCUGGAGGGCAUCAUGGAAUCAUGGAAGAACCGACGGAGAGAAAGCAGCUCAUCAGAGGCAGAGCGGGAGAGGCAAGGCACCUUCGACAGUCUGCAGGCCGCCAGCGACGAGGACCUGGUCAACAAAGAUUCAAGUGAAGACCGGAAGGCCGAGGAGGUUUUUGCAAAGAUGUGAAUGAUGACCAUUAUGUCAAGAUUUUAAUUCAAGGAAUUGCACCAAUGUAGAGAAUGUGCUGCAGCUUUUUUUCUGUCUGCAUUAUGUUGUUUGUCUUGUUAUGUUGUGUUUCAAUUCAUUUAUCACACAUUUUGAUUACUGCUUUACAUGAAGCCUUUGUGAUUUAUUUAAAUGGAAGACUGCUCAAAAUGACAAACUAAUGAGGACUUUUAUAGAUCUAUCAUUGUUAGCUGUAUACUUUUCUUCUUGAUCUUUAUCUGAUUCUGUGAUAGCACUUUAAUAUUGUCUUAUGUAUUUAUAUAUGUAUUUAUCUAUUGUCUCAUCUAAUUUCAUUUCUGCUCACCUUGCUAACAUUGUCAGUUAAGCUGACAUAUUUUUUAUGAUGCUCCAUCUGGAACAGGAAAACAUCUUAUAUCAAAUGGUGAUUAUUUGUUAUUUGUUACAAGUUUGUACUUUGCUAAUGACAAUGUCUUCAUUGAAUUUUCCACAAACAUUUGAUUCAGUCACAUUUUGUACAUACAGUGUAUGAAUAGGGUGAAUAGGAUGAUUGUUACAAGAAGAUCUUACAAUGUUUUCUAACCUGCUAAGAGAGCAACAAGACAAAUCACAUUCAAAGACAUAAAAUCUUCCCAAGUCAGCGCUUUUCGUGUCAUUUUAAAUUAAAUUGUUUGUGUGUGUGGGAAUGCAUGAAUUUGUGGGAGAGAAAAUAUUUCAAAACAGCAUUAUGAAUGACAAAACCAUAAUUCCUUA